CAGACAGAGCCGGUUGGUCCACGGGCACUAUAUCGCGACGCAUUGAUAUCGCUUAUAUAACUUGUUCUCAGUCGCACUGCUCGCAACAGCGUUCAGCCGGGGCGCACGCUUACGCAGUCUGCCCGCAGAAGCAAGUCCGACUCACGAAGAGGCCAACUUAACAAUUCUGUUCGGGUUGACACCAACUCUUCAACCCAUGGCUGCGCAAUUUCCGCACAACGCUGGCACGCCCAAAAAACCAACCGCAGCAACUUGACGACCUCCAGCGUAGUUUAGUGACAAGGACCCUACGGUGGUCACCAACGCGGUGAAGCUUUAUGUUACCACUGGUAGUCUUAGCUGCGGCUGUCAUAUGCUUCAAGUCUGGGCAAGCGCUGCUCCCCUGCGAGCGGAGCGGCUUGUGCUCCAUCGGAAAGACAGCCCCAUACGUGGGAAAUGUUGACUCAAGCACGGGCCUGCACGCCGCGCUGGAGGCCCGCAGCUACCGGCGCGAAGUCAUCCUCAUGGCGACAGACAGCGAGCAGCUACUGCCCGUACGCCAGGCCGUGCACAACCUGCUGCGGCUGGGUCUGGAGCAUGUGCUGCUCAUGAGCGCCAGCGGCCCCGACUGCGUGCGCGUGGCGGGCGCCGUGCCCAGCGCCGGUUGCGUCUGGCUGGACUUCGAGCUGCCUGUGUUUGGGGCAGACAGCGCAGCGGUGCCGAUCGCCGCGCCCAUGUGGCACAACAGGUACCGCCUAGCCUGCCGCGCGGUACGCUUGCGGUACAACACGUUCAUCGUGGACACCGACACCAUCUUCUUCGAUGAUCCCUACGUGUAUUUCAAGAGCCCACCUUUUGCCGACUUCACCAUCAUCAACCAGCCAGAGGUGUUGUACAACCAGGACGACUAUGUGAAUGAGGUGCGCCCCAACGGCGGCGUGUUGUAUAUCCAGAACGCGGCGCCCGACGGCCCCGCGGCCUGGUUGCUAUCUGAGGUGACGGACCGGCUGCUGCGCUGGAUCGAGGACGGCUUCAACACCACCCGCCACACGCACGACGUGCUGACCUGGUGCAACUACAUGGACCAAGACGGACUGCGGGACGCGAUCAGCAGUGUCAUGAUGGGCCGCAUCUUCUUUGCCUCCGCCAUGCGCGACUGCCGCGUGCCUGAGUGGGUGCAGCAGCACGGCCCCGAGUACGACGACAUCAACUUCGCCAUCCUGCGCCACAUGGGCGAGGGCCCGGGCGAGGCCUUCGUCAAGUCAGAGCAUGUGCAGUUGCCACCCGUCAUGCAGCCGGCGGCGGGCGGCGAGCAGCAAGUUCUCAUCAGGCACUUUGCCAUGCGGCAGCCCGCCUACGAGCCAUGGAAUGCCAGCUACGGCCCCUACCUGUACCCGCGGCGCCGCGGCGUGCUGUCGAAGCAGUGGCUGAGUCAGCUCACGGAGGACUGCGGCGGGUGCGCGCUGUGGCCGGACCCAGAGGACCCCUCGCCAGCCGUGGUGGCAGCGGCCCGCGCCACGCCGCCCGAGCGCUACCUGCUGGCUCCGCCCUUCCUGCUGGGCAACUGGUUCUCACGCGGCCGCUUCGGCCACUGGAACCGGGCGCUCAGUCCGCAGGGGCCGCAACAGGUCGUCGGGCACCUGCACUACAUCCCAGACACCGACACGAUCGUGAGCAAGAGUGUGGCACGCAUGGCUGCGGGGCAGUUUGACUGGCUGCUGGCUGCCGCGACGCCCGCGGCAGGGCCGGGCUUGGGCGGCGGCGGCAGCAACCUGUACCUGCUGAUGCGGGGCAGUCGCACCACCAGCAUGGCGCCCUCCCUAGCCACCAGCUAUGCCGCGGGCGGCGGGGCACUGGGCGGCGGCGGCGGCUCGUGCGGCGGCGGCGGCGGCGCUCUGCAGGCGGGCUCGCCGCACUUGGUGGCCUACCACCCGCAGCUGCUCGCGGACCUGGCGGCGGCAGGCAGCUGGAGGGACUACAGCGCCCUGUUGGUGGCACUGGCCACGGCUGCGGAGGCGAUGGGCCGAGUGCCGGUGUGGCCUGACAUGCCGUGCUCCGCCGGCUGGAUUGCGGACCGCGGGCCGGAGCACGCGUCCAUGCUGCCUCUAGACAUUCGCACGGAGUGGGUGCCGUACGGGCGGCGGCGCAACCGGCUGAUGUGCUGCUGGCAUAUGCUGCUGCACGAGGCGUGUGUGGCGGGCGGGCGCGGCAUGCUCAGUCUGGAGUUUGCGCACUGGAUGGCGGGCGCGCGGCUGCAGUACCCCGUGGAGCCCGGCGCGCACAACACAGUGGGCACACUGGCACCGGGAACAGCGGCUGGUUCCCAGCAGCAUGCGGGCGGCGGCGGCUCCAGCAGUUACUCAGUCGCUGCCGGCCGCACCGCCUCGGACGCCGCGAAGGGCCAGCAGGGCAGACCGGUGCCGCUGCCGUCGGGCAUUUCGGCAUCCGCGGCCGCGGCAAUGUCCCGCGAGCUGUCCUGGUGGGGCCAGCAGCAGGCGGCAAGCGAGGGAGCCGCAUUGGCAGCAGCCACAUCAGAGACAGAGACAGCAGCUGAACCAACAGAGGAUGCGCCGUCAAGCGGCGGAGCGGAUGAGGCACGAGGCCUUGCCGGCGUCAGCACUGGCGUCAGCAUGGGUGAUGGCAGUAGCAGUGGGAGCGGUAGCACCAUGGAUGACGUCGGACGUGCAAUGGGGGCGCAGUGGCGCAAGCGCUUCCAGGUCUACAGCGUGGCGCGAGAGGAGGUGAUGCUCGCAUGGGGCAUCCGCGCAACAUUCGCACACAGGGUUCUGUACCUGCGGUACCCCAUUAACGUCACGUUUGCGCCGGGCACCGACGCGGCUUGGGCACUGUCCAACACGCUGAACGAGUGCCGCGCCACCAACCCGGCGGCCAUCGAGGAGUCGAUUGCGAACAAGCCGCACUACAACACGACGCCCACCGACCUGUGGGUGGACUACGUGCCGGCAGCCAUUGGUGGCCCUGGGGGCGCCAUCCGCCCGUCGGCCGCCAUACCCGGGUACAACGUGCCGGAGCACCACGUCGAGUCUGCGUCAAGCAGCGGUGGCAGUAGCAGCGGUGCUACGGACAGUAGCCAUGAAAGCGGCAGCGGCAAUGCCAAAGAUAUGCGAAUAGCUUCAGGGGAAACUGUCCAGCAGCAACCGGUGGUGCCUAUCCCGGUGGAGAGGCGACGUCGUCAUCGGUAGAUUGAACUUUGCUUGUCCCCCAUGAAGGAUUGAGACCGGCGAAGUUGCUGUGCAUGGUCUGCGCUUAGUCUGUAGAAAUGUACAUAGAUAAGCCCACGAAUGUGUGCAUUCAUAACUCAAAAGACGCCUUUCCUAUGUCACGACAUGGACCCGGAGCCCCGGUCCUUUGCCAGAUGUGUCGCUGCUGUGUUUGGUGACCUGGCGCCGGUCCCGAGGUCUCGCUAUGAAAGCCUGUGCUGCUUGGUGGUCGGUGCACUUCAGCACCUGACCGACACCUGCUGGCAGUAUGUUGUCCAUUCCAUGCAGCCAAUGCUGCUUCGUGUAACACUGUAACCAGCUGUACCG